AUGUCUACAUCCGCACCCCAAGAAGCCAAAAUGGCAUGCCACCCUUCAGAUGAAGCCGAGUUCAUUGAGCAGCAAAAGGUCUUUCGAGACCGCUGCUCCAAAGCCCUCGCCAACCAUCUAAAGUCCAAUCCCGACGUAGUGUGGACCCCCAAAGACGGCUACGGAAGGAACCCAACCACAAAGGAAGAAGGGGCACAACUGAAACUGGUCCUGGAUGUGCAAUUCAACGAGGAAAGCGGCCAAUGGGACUUCCCUCCACCCAACAACCGACUGUCAGAUGAAUUAGUUUAUCUGGCAACCAAGUUCAUGAACGCGCGCCACCGAGCACGACUAUACCCAUACGAUUUCGACCCCAUGGGCCACAUCAACCCUCAACGCGUAUCAUCGGGGCCGGCUCCCAUUAUCUGGGCUCACGGCUUGCCUUUCUUCCCAGUCUACAAAGGCUAUUACAUCCUCUGUGGACGCGACAACGCGAACAGCAUCGGCUGGCUGCUCCACGAGAAAACAAGGGAUGUCAUGCAAUCCAGCCCGAUCUGGUCUAUUGGGGCAGUCAUCGCACCUGAUUCUGCCGUGAAGGCUCCUCACGCUAUCACCCGCCAGAUGACAACACACAAGCCUAGUGGUAUCGAGAGUGAAUUGCAGUACAGGAGCAAGACCUGGACGCGCGAUUUUGUGGCUGCUGACCACCAUCUCUGUGCGGUUCUUCCGAAUCCAGAAGUUGACGGGAUUGAGAUCUGCCCUCUGUGGAAAGUCUGGGGUUACAACGUUCGUUGUGGACCUAUGAGGCGUGGAGUGAAGCCGACUACCAUGCCGAGGGGAUUCUUCACCAGUCAUGGUAUCAAAGAUUUUGACUAUGACGCUCUCUCUAGGCCAUACAGCAACCAGCUGAUGAACGAGGAUGGCGAGCUAGAUGAGCAAACGGACUCAGAUGACGAUACUGAGGUGGAAGAACCCACUGGAAAGAGUAAUGGAAUUGCUUGCAGUGGCAAUCAAUCCAUGAUUGCUCAGUCAGCGUCCCAAGUUGACGUGGAUGUGGAUAUUGUCAGCCCAGUUGAGGUUCCAGCGCAUGGUCCAGGGCAGGUCACAGAGAAGAUCCCGGACGAUGUCAAGGAAGAGGCCAAGGGAGAGGCCAAGGAAGAGGCCCCGAAAGACACCGAAACCGCCCCUUCAGAACACGAGGAAAAACAACCUGUGCUUUCCGAUAACACUGUGGACACUGAGCUCGGGUUGGGUAUGGAUAUCGAACACCCAAUGAAAGAAUCCAUCCAGACGCCCAUCCCCGAACAGACCAGCACGACUAUUAUCCCUCUUCCAGAGACCACGAUCCAAACCGUUGAGACAGCUGAACCUAGUGACGUGCAACCGAUGACUGAAAACCACGAAACUGAGCAAGCAGUGACUGAUGCAUCUUCUGCAAACCUUCAUACCACUGACCCGUCCAAGGUGGAGCAACUCGCACCCGAACAACCCGGCAUUGAGAAGUUGAGUCACACGACAGUUUGUGUCAGGUCUGAGGAGGCAGUGCUUACUGAAGGUGGUGUGGAUGAAACCGAAGUCCACAAGAGUCAAGCACCAGCGGGGGCUCAUGUGCAGGAAGGGGGGAUGCACCUUGAAACCGGAAGCCCAAAAAGAAAUGCGAAAUAG